AUGGAAUCUAAAAUUAAAACAAUUUUAACAUUAAUUACUUUAUUCGCUUUAAUUGCAAAUAUUUAUGGACAAGGUGUUUGUGUUCAUCAAGGAAAGGAAUAUAGAAAUGGAGAGGAAUGGACUUAUCGUUCAUUUAUUAUGCGUUGCGAUGUUCACCAUAAUUAUUGGCAAACAAAGGUAGUUGCUUGUGUCUCAUUAAUGGGAGACAGAAUUCCGGUUGGUGGACAAAAAUCUGAUAGACAUGGUCUUUGGAAAUGUAUACAAGAUCCAUCUGGAAAUACUCGUUUGGUGCAAGAAUGA